AUGGCUCAGGACCCAAAGGAGCCCACAACCCCACUGACCGACACUGUGCUCAAGAAGAGCCUCUCGGCUCCCAACCCGGAGCAUCUCACCGGCUACAUCAACAACAAAGGCACAAACUUUGUGCUGUUUGCCGGUCAGAUUGUCACUCUGUCCGAGUCCAUCGAGAUUCACGUCGAGGUGCCCGACAGAGCCAAUGCCGAGCCCAACAAGACUUGCUCCCAUGUCAAGCUCUACAACCUGCCCGAAUGGAAGCUCAAGUUCGACAAGCAGUCCUGCCCCGGCGACGACAAGCCCAUCAAGCUCGACCCCCCUGCGGCCAAAAAGGCCUAA